CUCUCCCUGCACGGCCUCCGCGGCGGGCUCUUCCUUCUCUCCGCCGUCUUCUGUUUUGGAGCUCUUUUUCUUGGUUCCUCCCUCGGUUCCUCCUGCAGCACCGGCGGGGUUCUCGGUGGACUCCAGGAGCUGCUGUGCCGAGAGACGCGUCUUAUGGUCCUUCUUCUUCCUCUCCUCGGGCGGAGGCUGCUGCUCCAGGCACUCACACAAAUUCCCCAUCCCUAGGCCCUUCGACUACUAGAGAGAGCUAGCUAGCUAGAGAGCGCUCUUCUUCCCCUCAUGUGCGCAUGCGCAGUACCCGGCGCGUGUCCAGAAAAGGAGGCGUGGCUGAUGAUGAACCCUCGGGUCUACCGCCGUCCUAUCUACCGUCCAUGGCUCACUACUACCAGACUGUCCCAGCGAAGGCUGGAUCUUCGUCCUUGCUGAGUAAACUGAGGGACGGAAAUGUGGUGAUCCUACAGUCCCGGGCCGGUGGGAAGACACUCCGUAGCCACCACGGCACGGCGCAGGGAGUUGGCGGCUUUGGCGCCCACGCUCAGUGGACCGUCCACGUGCGCAGACAAGGGGUCAUUGCUCUGCAGAACCAACACACGUCCACAGACUGGCUGGCCAUACACAAUGGCCAAACCAUUGGAAACGGAAGAGGUGGUCCAUAUUGCGACUUUAUCGUCCUCGAAGGUAAUGUGAUGCUACUGCUGGGACUAAGCCAUCGAUGGAAGGGCGAUGUUAUUUGUCUCAAUUUGUCCCUGCAGUUGAUGGUCAUGUGGUGUUGGAGUCGGUCCAAUAUCGAGGCCAGCAUGUCGGUGUUCUGCCAAGUGGAGAGAUAAAGGACCCUGGAAGGACUGGGACUGGACAACAUGCCCAGUUUAUUCUCAAUGUUCAUCAGGGCAUUAAAUUUGAGUUUGUGGGGGGAAGUGUGGUGAUUCUGGAGUCAUGUGCCAGUGGUAAGACUCUUCGCAGUCUCCAUGGGAAAGCUGAGGGAAUAGGAGGGCGAGGAGCACAUGCUCAGUGGAAGGUCCACGUUCGCAGACCUGGAGUCAUUGCCCUGCAGAACCAACACACUCCAUCUCACUGGCUGGCUAUUCGUGACGGAGCUACCAUUGGAAAUGCUCAAGGUGGUCCUUACUGCGAAUUCACAGUGAAGGAGUCCGAUGAGAACGUGGUGUUGGAGUCGGUGCAGUACCGAGGCCAGCAUGUCGGUGUUCUCCCAAGUGGAGAGAUAAAGGAGCCGGGAAGGACUGGUACCGGGCUACAUGCCCAGUUCAGGCUCACCCAACACAAGACACCUGAAGAGGUAGGGUAUGAUGUGUCCAGGCACAUGGCUGGACUGAACCUAUCAUCUUCCAUACUGAGUAUGUUUGCCCAUGGAAACGUGGUGAUACUGGAAUCUCAUGCCAGUGGAAAGACUCUCCGUAGCUAUCAUGGGACUGCUGAAGGGAUCGGUGGACGUGGAAUUCAUGCUCAGUGGAAGGUCAAUGUACGUGGUUUUGGAGUCAUUGCCCUGCAGAACCAACACACUCCAUCUCACUGGCUGGCUAUUCGUGACGGAGCUACCAUUGCAAAUGCAGGUGGAGGGCCUUACUGUGAAUUCAGGCUACUGACAGUGAACGACAACGUGGUGCUGGAAUCUACCCAAUAUCCUGGCCAGCAUGUGGGGGUUCGUCCAGAUGGAAGUAUAAAGCCGCCAGGGCAGACCGGCACAGGGAAACACGCCCAGUUCAAACCCAUCUUACACCAGCAGGUAUAUCUGCAACGAGACGCCCAGCCACUGUCAGUCACC